CAUUCAUUGUAGUAUUUCUACUUUCUAAAUUGACCACUUGUGGCGCACAUUUCAAAAAUGUGUCGGUUGUUGCCGUAGAGCAAAAGAUUGUUUAUUUGUUUUUUAUACGUUUGUGGUGAAUGUUCAUGUCAAAGCCACACAAAUUUCAGCAAAGAACAAUUGCCUUUUAAUUUCUUCUGUUUGGUUUUCUGUCUAUUAAGGUUUAUUACAAUGUUGCCAGUAAGAACACAACUAGAUUUACUACAAACCAUAGGUAAACGAUUUUUACAUCGUAAUAUAAGAUGGACGCAGGAAGAUUGCCGGAUCCCUUCUAUGUAUGAAAACAUUGAUGUUCCGGAGACAGAGAGAGCGUUACCCUUAGUUGCAAAGCAGCCAGAUGUUCCUCCAAAAGAUCGCAGAAAAAAGAUGUACUUGAUAAGAGGUUGCUGCUUUGGAGAAGAUGCUCAGUUGAAAUAUGGUCAAUACGGAGUAGUUGCCUUAAGUGGAGGCUUCUUCAAAAUUGGAAACUUUAACUUUAUGAUGCAGAGAGUGAACAAGUUUAUUAAGAAGAAGCCUUUGUUUGCAAAAUGGAGAAUCCCGGCUCCUUACCAUGCAGUAACUAAACAUCCUUUACAAGCUGUCAUGGGAGGGGGUAAAGGAAAAAUUGACCACUAUGUUACACCUGUUAAAAGUCGACAAAUCAUACUAGAAAUUGGGGGAAAGGCUGAGUUUACCGAAAUUUACCCAUUACUGAACAGUUUGGCAGUUGUGAUGCCGGUGAAGGCACUUCCUGUAGAUGCGGAAAUGUUGCAAGCGAUGUAUGAUGAAGAGAGAAGGAUAGAAGAAGAAAACGAAAACUUUUUCACAUUUCGGGAAGUUAUAGAAAAAAAUAUGCAAGGAAUACGCAGCAAAAUGUCUAAGCGUGAUUUUAAGCAUUAUGGUAAAAUGAGAUAAGCAUUUCAUUGGAUUACAAAUUAACUGCCAUUUACUCUGCUAAUGCCAACAAUUUUAUUGAUGUAUUUAUUUGCGCCUUCCAUUAUAAAUUAAAUUGUGUUUUACAUGCAG